GUAGUUCAGUGAUAACUCCCAAUGUUCUGCCAACAUUGCUGUGACGUUGCGGUAACGUGAUAACGCCUGCUGGUUGGGGACAGUUGGAUAAGCACUUCCGCCUCUUUAUCUCUCAGUGUUUCUUAUUGGGAAUCUUGUGAAGUGUGUUCAGCUCGUCAACUGUGUUUACUGAUAGAAACUAGCCGCGCUGCCCGCGGGCUCGCCGAGUUGCGUAAUCCAUGGAAACGAACAACGGGAACGGGUCAAACUGGGCGAUCCAGCGGCGAGUGGAGGGACUGGUGAACAAACACAUGGCAGACAUGGCACUGGAGACGCUCCAGCAGCGGCUUUCCGCUGUCUCUGAAGAGAUCAACCAUCUGACUGAUGACAGAUCCCGGAGAGAAGACGCUCCUAAAGCGGCGGAAGAAGCGCCGCGGCGGACUGAGACCAACUUCAGAUCAGAGUCCUCCUACCCCCCCGCAGCAGCAGCAGGAGCGAGAGCGGGGGAAAAGUUAAUGCUGAACACACCAUCAUCAUCUUCACUGUCCUCGUCAUCAUCCUCAUCAUCACCAGCAGCAGCAGCAGCCCAAUCAUCAGAAACUGCAGCCCAAAGAAAGAUUAUAUCGCUCCUACUGGAGAUUAAAGAAGAGCAGCAGAGGCAGUGGGCUGUGUUGAAAGACUUGCAGGCCAGAGUUCAAGGACAGGUGUGGGAAGAAGAGGUUGAAGCACUCGACGUAGAUCUUCCAGUACGGACUAUGGAACAGCUUGAUGAGAUGGAAAAGCAUCUGGAGGACACUGGAGCACAACAGAAAAUGGUGUCCCACCUCUCCCGAAUGGGUGGAGCAACCGUGGAUGAUGCGGUGAGGCGCUUGAUGCAGGCAGUUUUGUCUUUUGCCGUAGGUUCCGAGUUAAACUGGGUUGGCAGGGGACAAAAAAGGAGCUUCAGAAACACCAGACUGCAAGGGGUAUUGUUCCGUGCUUUAAAGAGAACCCCUGUAGGAAAGGAGGCCACACACCAUCAGUUUGCAGAUGUUGUAAAGAAAUGGCUACGAUUUGCACCAUACAGACAAGGCGGCAGUGGCCGGAGACAGCAUUACAAGCCUCCUGUUGAGUUCAUGUGCACCAAGUAUCCUGAUACAGAGGGGUGAUUGCAUCACAAUCACCGCAUUUAACCUUAUAUUUCAACACGGUUACAUUUAAAAUCAUUAAAAUCUGUCCAUUCUG